AUGGGGACCAAUAUAAAUGUGACCCAUGAGGAUAUAGUUUCCAAUUCAUUUUAUCGCAAAAUCCUCGAUUAUAUCUCAAAAUACACUAAUUCUGAUAAUUCUUCUAAGAAUGUGAAGGCUGCUAUUGCGACAGUUGCUGGAUUCUAUACAGAGUUCUAUGAACGAGGGUUUGAGAAAUUGGAUUUAGCAAUUUUAGACACAUCUGAUCUGCUAAAUUCUGUAUUAUGGCCACUAGUCCAGUUGAUAACAGGAGAUGGGAAAAAAAUUGGUAAAGAUUUUGAUUCUGUUAUCUUGCUUGCGGUCUGGCUCAAAGGGGCAAAUCCAGAGGCAGUUGAUCAACGUUUCGGUAGUGAAUUCAUGGCACCAUUUCUAUACCGCUCCACCUCAAUUCUCAUCAGAAAACUGCUAUUGCUCACAAAUAACAAUAAACAUUCUGUUAAACUGAUAGAGACAUUACUCGAAUGCCGUGUAUUAUUACGGUUUUUGAUAGAUUGUUUUCAGAACUUCGAAUAUGAAUCACUGCGUAAAUGUUGUUUAUCAAUUGUAUCUCCUCUGAUUUGGUAUCACUUACCAUCAUGUUAUAGGAGUAUUAAAUUGUUUGGAAGGCACGAAAUGUGGUCCAAACUUUAUGCACGUGUAAUAGCUAACACCAACAAAUUGUGCGAAAAAAUUAAGAAAUCAGUCGAAUUUUCAGCGAUUAUAGAGGGAAAUGUGCAUUAUGAUCUGGAAAAUGUGGUAAUUAAUAGGGAUUUCAUCCAUAUUUUGUUGAAGAUUUUUAUGUACCUACUAGACCUGAGUAAGGAAGAUGACAAUUUUGAUUCCACCGUCGUCACACCUGAAUUUCAGAGUAAAAUUAUGCUACUAGAGACAAUACUUGAACUAUUUAAUGAUUUGAUCAGCCAGAUGCCUACCCGUCGCAUAAUAAAACCUCUGUUAGAUGCAAAUUUUUUUCUCGUCCUUUGCAAAAGAUCGCCCAUGUACUCUCAUUUACAGGGGACUUACUUCAAAAAAAUGACAGAUAUAUUGGACUUCUACCUCUCAUUUCCAAUAAGCGAGGAAACAGGCCUUCCAAUUGAAUAUGACAAACAAUUAUCGGAGCACUACAAACGAUUUGAACAAUUUCAAAAGAUUAUCUUUCACGAAUUUAAGCAUGUAGAUUUGCUAGAGAACAUGCAUUUGGAGUCAGUAAACACUUUCAGUACGGAGAAAUUGGAGGCAUUGUUCGACAAGUUGAAAUUGAAAGUAUUGCUAGAUUUAACAUCUAAGCUGGAGAUUGUUUAUUUAGACGAUUUGUCACAGCAAAAGGGUGAAGAUAAUUACGAGGAGGAUAAAUCAGGGUUAGAGUUGAUUGUGCCAUUUAAAAUAGAUAUUAAACGUACUAACAAGGAGAUCAAAAGUUUUUUAACUUUUUUGUUAGUAAACUACUUAUCAAAACCAGCAGAUCCCAAGUUGCGAAUAAUAAAUGAUCCCGUGUAUCCCAAUGAAGAUUAUUUGUGGAACUCUGGUAGUAUACCAGUAAACACAGCAUACGUAGAUUAUUCAUCUCUUCCCUUACCAAAAUUGACUUUACAGUAUCUAUCUGUUUACGAUUACCUAUAUCGUAACUACCAAUUGUACAGGUUGGAGGCAGGUUACCAAAUUAAGAGUGACCUAGAGGAAACAAUUUACAGGAUGAAACCCGUUUGUUCAUUGGGUCUGAAUGGAAAAUUUACUGCUGAACAAUUGAGGGGGUAUAGAGACUCACAAACGGUGGCAAAUACUAGAUUUUUAAAUGCUUCAAGAAUGGGCAUAAGGCUUGAAAGUGUUGUUAUAACGAAUGUAUACAAACCGCAAGUUGGUAUUGAUGCUAUCCCUAAAGUUACUGCCGAUUUGUACGUUGAUCUAUCGGAACUUACCGAUUAUACAUUCCGAGAUGAUUGGGAUUCCUUACGCACGUAUGAUGUUCUGUUUCUAGUGAGUAUCGCUGCCCCCCUUGAGUUUACAGAAAAACGGAUAGAACAAAUGAAUAUUGAUGAAAUACCACUUAAUCUUGGUAUUAUGGGCGUAAGAGGGGCUCAAAUAAUUUCAAUAGCUGACGAAAAUGGUAUGAUAUUUUCAGAUUCAAAUCCCUACGAGCCAAAACUCCCGAGUGGAACAAAGCGUUGUAUCUCUGUAUAUCUGGACUAUGCUCAGUAUGAGCUAGACCUAAAGGAGGACAUUGAAGGUAUUUACUCCAAUUGUAAUCUCUUACUGAGGAGGCAUGCUCGGUUUAAUAAUUUUAAAUCGACUCUGGAUACCAUCAAAGGAUUGGUUUCGAACCCUGGGUCGCUGGCAUCCUGGCUCGAACCAUUUUUUUUGGGUUACGGUCACCCCAACUCGCUGAAAUAUUUUGCCUCUAACCUUGACACUCCGGCACUCACACUCAAUUGGUUAAAUAUACUACACGACCUACAGCAUUUAGUCAGUUCAUUCCCCAGCAUCUUGUAUUAUGAAUUAGGUCAGGAAUUUGAUGUUAAUAAGUUGCAACAAAUAAAUGUCUCCAACAUAACAUUCAAAACAAUUGUUAAACAUGACAAUGGGAUUAAGUUUAAGGUGAAGAAGAACAUACCACUGCAAUAUGUACAAUUGGUAGUUGAUAACAUAAUAUCCUACGAGUACUCUGAUCAGCCUGCCAGUUUUCAGGCUAAAUUGAUACCUAAAGAAACAAAAAAUACUAAGGUUACUAUCAAAGGGUACCUAGACUUCACACUUGAAAUACACAACUGUACGGUGGAAAUGCAUGGUAUAGUAUUUGAACACAACAAUAAGAUUUACAAUCCCAUAUGGCGUGCUGAAAUGGAAUCGAACAUUAAUGAACUUGAAAAUAAUUUAUUCACAACUCAUCCAUUAUAUCCUAAUACAAAUUAUCCUCUAAAGGGCAUACACAUUGGCACAACUUCUAGUGACAUACCGUUACAUAUUAGGCUGACAGAUAGGCAGGUGGAGGCAAUUUACUCCGCAGUGCAGUGCGGAAUGACUUGUAUAAUGGGCCCUCCUGGUACGGGUAAAACAGAUGUUGUGGCGCAGGCAAUUAAUAUUUUGUAUACAAACUAUCCCAAUGAAAAGAUCGUUGUAUUGGCCCAUUCUAAUCAGUGUUUGAAUGAUAUUUUUGAAAAAAUUUUACAGAGUAAAUAUGUAGAUCAGAGAUAUCUAGUAAGACUUGGGAUGGGAGAGAGGAAGUUGGAUUUGCAAUAUGGACAAGAUUUUGGCAAAUGGGGAAGGGUUAACUAUAUGCUCCAGUCACGAUUAGAUCUGCUAGAGUACGUAGGCAAGUUAGCUAAAAAACUUCGCGUCGAAGGUGAUGUGGAUUACACUGUUCAAUUAGCACUCCAGUUCUACCAGACCCACAUAAUACACCGAUUGAUUGACUAUAAAUCGCUGCUUCUUGAAAAUAAAACAUACGAUGAGGUUCUACUAGAUAUGAGAUUGGAUUGUUGUAUAUACUCCAGAAAUGGACUUAAUCAGUUGGGUAUUGAUCCCAAAAUGGUUGGGUUUUGUGAAUAUCUGUUCUUAAGUUCGAUUAAAACUCAAUUUAGCGUGGAUGGUCCAUUGAAGGCAUGGGCUGAGUCCCUAGAAAAUUUUUCCAGUUAUGGUUCCAUUAAGGACAAUAUUUUACAAAUAGACAUGAAUUUUGAAGGUAUUUUCAAGUUUGUAUGCAUAAAUAAUUAUGCUAUAAUACACCCUCAGCACGCAUUGUCACUGCUAAACCUUCCAAAAUAUGUCGUUUUUAACCCAUUUGACCGUGAUGAUUUCAUGAAAAUACAAGAUAUCAUCCCCUUAAUUGAUGAGUUGGAUUUUACCUUAAGCAAGCCACCCGCAGUAAAUUGUUACCCAGUCACUACCGUAUUGGAUACCUUCUGCAAAUUAAAGGAAUGUCUACCUUUUGAGGUGUUGAGGAGUAAUACGGACAGAGGGCAUUAUUUAAUCACUCGACAUGCUAGAAUUGUGGCAAUGACUUGUACUCAUGCUGCAAUUGCGAGGGAGCGAUUAAUUGAAUCAAAUUUUACCUAUGAUACUUUAGUGAUGGAGGAAGCAGCUCAAGUGUUGGAGAUUGAAACAUUCAUACCCCUAACCCUUCAGUUACAGGGUGAUAAAUUGAAGAGGAUCGUCCUAAUUGGUGAUAACAGACAAUUGCCUCCGAUAAUACAAAAUCGUACAGUUGCUAGUUAUUGCAAACUAGACCAAUCCUUUUAUACUAGGGUAAUUAGGCUUCAACAUCCAUGCAUACUACUUAACUCCCAGGGCAGAUCUCGACCCGAAAUUGUAUCAUUAUAUUCGCAUUAUUACCCUGAACCAAUUGGUAAUGUAGGCUUGGAAAGGGAGGAAUUUGGUAGAGAUAAUUUAGGUUUCAGAUAUAAUUACCAAUUCAUAAAUGUGGACAGUGAACGUGGUGAGUCUUGUCCAAUUCCACAUUUCUACCAGAACCUAGAAGAGGCAGAAUAUGUUAUUGCGUUAUUCACUUACAUGAGAAUGAUUGGUUAUGAUUCCAACAAAAUUACAAUACUUACCACGUAUAAUGGGCAAAGAGCAUUAAUUGAAGAUGUGAUGAAGCAUAAAUGCGCGUGGAAUCCACGUGUGGGAACUUGCGCUGUAUCCACCGUUGACAAAUUUCAGGGUCAACAAAAUGACUACAUAAUUAUAUCUUUGGUGAGAACUAGAAUGGUAGGUCACAUUCGUGACCCAAGAAGGUUAACUGUGGCAUUGUCCCGUGCCAGGUUGGGGCUGUAUAUAUUUGGCAAAUGGGAUCUGUUUUACAAUUGCUAUGAGAUCCGUCAGACAUUGGACAAGUUGGCCUUUGAGAAUAAACUGGUUUUGGAUGAUAAUAAAUGUGGGGAAUCUCAACCGCAUGUAAUCGAUAAUUGCGAACAGUUGCAAAAGAUUGUCCAACAAAUGCAGUGA